AUGAAUCCAUUCACUUUUGAUAAUUCAAUACCACCACUUAAAAGAGUUAAAGAAAGACUAGUAGGAGAUGCAAUAAUGAAAGUACAUCAAUGGAAAAUGAUUCUCCUUAAUGGAAUUCCUUAAUCUGAUGGUACUACUAUGAGAUUAACCCUGAAUAAAGCAGCUGAGAUAAUAGGAAUUCCUAAAAAAAGUUUAGAAGAUUAUAACUAGCUAUUUAAAAAAGUAUAAUUGCUGACAGAUGUAAAUCAAUUUGCAAAUGAAAAAAUGGGUGUAUUAAGAAAUUACUUAAGAAAAAAUUCGAAAAGACUCAAAACAAUAUUAAAAAAUUAGAAAGUCUAAGAAAAUAAAAAAGCAAAAUAAAAAAAUAAAAAUUUAGAUAAUUCUGGUUUAUAAGAUCAAUCAGAUAUGAUUGGUUUAUGCCAUAUCAAAUAAGAUAAUGAAAUUAAUGAAAUAGGAUAACAUUCAAUAUCAAAUUAAUCAAAUUUUUAAAAAUAAGAUGAAACUUCAAUGAUAAAAUUAGAAGAGGAAUUUAAUUUAUUCAAUGAAUUUGAAAAAGAUUAUGAAUCAGAUCUAGAAAGUAAUCCCUCUCCUCUAGGAGUAAAUUUUAUAUUCAGAAAUAAAAAAACAGAGUGUCAUUAACAUUUUGAAUAAUUUUGA